AUGGGUGUCGAAAGGAAGAUUAUUACUCGUGGUACCGGCUCUGGCUCGCCUGCUGCGGGAGAUACUGUCACUAUCCACUACUCGGGAUGGCUCUACGAUGCUAAGAAGUCCAACAAGGGCUUCCAGGGCAAGCAAUUCGAUAGCUCCAGACUCCCUGGCCGUGGCCCUUUCAAUGUUCAGAUUGGUGUCGGAAAGGUUAUCAAGGGCUGGGAUGAGGGUGUCAUGCAGAUGACCCUGGGAGAGAAGGCACUUCUGACCAUUACCCCUGACUACGGUUACGGUGACAAGGCGGCUGGCAAGAUCCCUGCAGGCUCUACUCUGAUCUUCGAGGUCGAACUUCUUAAGAUCAACAACAAGACUGCCUAA